CAAAAGACAAAACUCAGCCGACCUGUAACUCACCUAUAAUCGAGCGAGCUCUCAACGAGAACUUCGAAAAUGAUGAACCGAAAAGCUUGGCAUAGGAUGGUGCGGCAAGUGGAGGUGAAGAAGGCCAUUCCAAAGCCAAAAGAGAUGACCUGGGACGUUGUACUAGACCUCGCAAACGAUGGACAGGAGCACCAUGAAGGUAGUAACAAGCUAACAGCAGAAGACCUCGUCCGUAUCAGGACUGCGCUGCACAUGCUGGGGAAAGACGAGCCAGAGCAUGGCAAAACGGAAAUGGAUAAGAUCGCGCCGGAUGCCGUGGAGUUCAAGUUGUUCAACAAGGCCACCAUGGACCGCGGAGACCUGGUGGCCUUCCUCUUCAUCAUGGGAGUGAGCGCCACGGAGGACGCACUGCAUGCGGAGCUGCGCUACCUCAAGCUCACGAGCGACCUCAUCACGCCGGCGCAGGCCGUCUUCGUGUGGAUGGAGAUGAAGGACGACGAAAAGGAUGAAGACGCUAUCCUCAAGCGCGCGUUCAUGUUCUUUGACAAAGACGGCAACGGCGAGAUCUCUGGGCAGGAGCUGCGGCAGGCCAUGGGCGACGUGGGCAACAUGCUCACGGGGGCCGAGAUCGACGAGUUCAUGGAGCUGAUGGACCGCAACGGUGACGGUGUGGUGGGCUACAACGAGUUCUUUGAGGUGCUCACGAAGCAGACCGACCUGGGCCAGGUGCUCAACGACGUCAAGAAGCUGGACAAGGACAUCCAGGACAUGUUCAAUUCUUAGCCCCGUCAUGUGCCGAGCUGGCGUUGUGCUGCUGCAAGCCAUGCACCGGGGGCGCGCAGUGGUUUGUGCGAAUGCGUCGCCGAGGAAUGGGUGUGCUGCGCUACCAACACAGCGCGCCCCGACUUCAGGGGUUCCCUCGCAUACAGGGCAGCACGUGAUCAGCUGGGGGCACAAGGGCGACCUUGCUGGUGGUGGCCCGGCUUUACUGUACGGGGCAGGGGUUAAUUGAAGUAUGCCCAGGUCUCGGCGUACUGUACGGUAGUGAAGUUUUUGCGGUGUUGCUGGGGAAGGCAAGAGCGGAAAUGUAAUCCUGUGUCCACGCUCGGGCGCGCUGAGCAAGCGCAUACAGCGACGUGGUACGGUACACGAGGGAGCAGGGGGCAGGUGGGGGUACAGCGACGUGGUACGGUACACGAGGGGGCAGAUGCAGGCAGGGUAGGGUAGGCCUGACGCGAACGACACGAAUGCGGAUGGAUAGUAUUCAUGAAUUGACUGUGUGGGAGUUACAGGCAUGUAGGACGUUGAACCGAGGGCCCCUGAGACUGGGAAUCGCUAUCAUUGGAGUGCCGCGCGCAAGUGCCCCUGGCGGCCGUUGGCAUAUGAGUUGAGUCCGGCAGAUUGGCAUACUAUACAUUGUGAGAUGCAACACGCCUGGACAAGAAAAGGUGGCUCUCCCUCGCAAGGGAAAAGUGGGCUGAGCCACGCCACGUCCUCCGUCUGAGGCCGAAGACACGCCUGGAAAAUGUGCAUGCCAGCUUGGUCCCAUGGUUUUGCUGGCCACGCAUAAUUGGCAUGAUGCAGUUUGGCUGUGUUUGGCUGUGGCCGGUGAUUGACUGGCUGCCCGCUGCCUGCUGUACUAGAACUGGAGAGGCUCACAACGUGGCGCGAUGUACGGCACACUAGGCUGAGAGUGACUGCUGUGGCACGUUUGUCUUGACUGUACUCAAGAGUCAAGACUGUACUUCCAGUGCAAGCGCUGUGCACCUCGCUUCACGAAGAUUUUUGCGUGGCUUGGUGUGACUGCCACAUGCUUGGACUGUCCCUCCUUGUAAUGCCACAUUCUGUCGCUGUGUGCGGCGGACUAAGCGUUCAAUUGAGCGUCCAGCACGGAUGGAGGCAAUCCUUUUAUGCU